AAAUCACUCACAACUUCAAAAAAUAAUUCGAGCACAAAAUGGAAUUCGACAACGACAACAACAGCGACGCGGACGUGGCUGCCGCACAGGCGUCGGUUGAGGACGAGACAGAGCUAUCAAUCACAGGAGUGGAAUCGCAGACAGCUGACCAGCAGGAGGAGGAGUCGGCAACCGUCACAUGGCUGGAACAACGCGUCACGGAGUGGAGGUGCAAGUGUCCUCGGUGCAUCUACGCCCGGCCUCGCAUGACUGAACUUCCUGAUACAUUUGAAUGUCCCAUGCUGAAUGGUUCCAAGCGCUGUCGCCUUCAGUUUCCCAGCAACGAGUUGCUCGUGGUGCAUCAGCUUGACGUGCAUGAAGGCGUGUACCCCAUCUGCCCCAAGCAACGUUUGACAAUGCAGAACCACAUGGAGUAUUCUGCGCCCCGCCCGCCUCCCACCGUGUACAUGUUUCAGCAACGACAUAACCCUCUCAUCAAGCCCGACCAACAUUUGGACGUGUCUGAGGAAGUCGACCGCGUGCGCGUCCAGCACGACGUUGAGGUCGCUGCGUCGGCCAAGCGAAGUUUCUCAAGGAAGCGAAAUCUGGACGGUUUUGUCAAGAUGCCCGCAACGCACGAAGAGCCCGAGACCGCCAUGUUCGACGUGUUCAUGGAAGCUGCGGAACGAUGGAAGCGCGGCGACAAGUACGAACGACUGGCGCAGUUCCAGGAGGCCAUGUUGUUCUACCAGACAACCAAGGAACUGCCCGCGCCGACUGCGCCGUCACAGUACCCUCUUGUGGGCCAGGGCCGAAAUUGGUUCAAGUUGAAAUGAUGGUAUUCGUGGUGACAUCACGCCACCCGUCCUUGAUGACUAGGCAUAUAUGGCCUGACCAGCAUGAGGAGUCGUCAUGACGAUCCAACUUCACCGUGGCUAAAUCUCUAGAUGGAGCUAAUUGACAACGUCAGGAGUACUGGAUGCUUGUGCAUGUCGAGCUGGUAAUACUUCGAAGUAUUAUUAUUG